GGCACUGCGGUUUUAUUUACCUAUCUAGCGUUCAUGGCGGUUCGAGUGCACCAGGCUAGACGUCUAAAAAUGUAAAUUGUCUGAGACGGUAAUUAUCGUGGAAUAUACCUGAAAAAUCGCGUUCAAACGCAGGAAAUUACAAAUGAGAAGUGCGUUUGACCAAAUAUGAGCCAGGAUUAUACGGAGACUAACGAGAAUACUCCCCCACCCUCAUCACCAGAACUGCAGUCGGAAGAGAGGCCGAAAGCACCCGUAAGUAUUUCGGAACCUGACGUAACCCAGUCUGCUCAAUCGACGCAGCAAUCCCAAGCUCCCAAACCUUCCAGUUCCCCCAAGCGAACCCAAUCUCAACCCGCCAAAAUGCAGAGGGUUACCAUCUUGUUGCUUGACGACACAAAGUUUGAAUGCGACGUUGAGAAACGUGGCAAGGGUCAGGCCAUUCUUGACAAGGCAUGUCAACAUUUGGACCUGAUGGAGAAAGACUACUUCGGUUUGGUCUACAAAGACAACCAGGAUGCAAGGACAUGGCUGGAUCCUACAAAAGACGCCAAGAAACAGAUCAGAAGUAAGUGAUUUUGUUGCUUUCACCAACUCAAAAUGUUAAAUUCACAGCGUAAUACC